AUGCUGCCAUCGUAUUCCCCCAAGGGACGCAAGCGCUCGCAGCAACUGCCGCUCUGGAAGCGUGUGGCACUCAUCGGUCUAAUUUGCAUCCUAUUGCUGUUCCUCUGGGUACAGUAUACCAUCCUGACUACGAACUUGGGUGGCGUCCCGGCGCACGUGGGCGAACUGCAGGGCGCCACGAAUCAGGUGGCUCAACGCCCGGAGGACAACCACAAUGAGCAGGCGCAUCUCAGAGGCGACGAACAUCAGCAGCAGCCGUCUGAAAUAAACGCUGUGAAUCACGCGACAGGAGGUGGUGGGGCAGGUGCAGGCCACGACGUAGUCGAUGAGAUGCUGGCGGAUGAGGUUGUUGCAGACGUGGAAGACCCCGAUAAGACGGUGACUGCGGUGCCCUCGGAACAGCAAGAAUCUCGUCGUCUGGCUGUGCGUAAGGCUAUGAAGUUUGCGUGGGGAAACUACGAGGAACACGCGUUUGGGGGGGAUGAAGUGGACCCGAAGAACGGCUGGAAACGUAGCAACGUGUGGGGUGACAUCGCGUGCUCCAUGGUGGACGGCAUUGACACGCUCUGGAUCAUGGACUUGAAGGACGAAUUCCAACGCGCUAGAGACUAUGUGGCGAACCAGCUCGAUUUCUCCCACUUAGGCCGCGAUGGCAACAAACUUUCGGUGUUUGAAACUAUCAUCCGCGAAGUUGGCGGUCUCUUAAGCGCAUUUGACCUCUCUGGCGAUACCAUUUUCAAAGAGAAAGCCAGGGAGCUUAUGGACAUUCUCACGCCGGCUUUCGACAAGGAGGAAGGCGUGUUCUACACGCUUUUUAAUCCGUACACGAAGGAGAAGAGCUUUGCUGGGUGGGCUGGCUUUCGAGCCCAUAUCGCUGAUAUCGGUACACUGCAGCUCGAGACGCGCUAUCUUUCGGACAUUACUGGAGACCCUAAAUACGCCGAGAUGGGUGACGCGUUUUACCAGAUCCUGAAACGCGAAGGAUCCUACAAGAAAACAGGCUUUGUUAUCACUCUUGGUGCGCUUGGUGACUCGUUCUAUGAGUAUUUGUUGAAAGUGUACAUCUAUAGCGGUAAACGCGAAGAGGACGAGUAUCUUCGAGAGCUCUACGAUGACGCCGUGAGGGGCAUGGAGGAACACUUACUGUACUUCUCAAUCCCCGACGAUCUCUACUUCUUACAGGAGAUGAAAGUCCCUUCUUUCUCGGCUGUUCAACGUAUGGACCAUCUUCUAUGCUUUGUUCCAGGGCUGCUGGCAUUGGGCACGCUGUCCGAGACAGAAGACCACGCCAAAAACGCCAAACAUCUCGAGCUCGCUGAGAAACUAAUGGAGACCUGCUACCAGCUCUAUCACCGUCAGCCAACAGGGUUGUCUCCGGACAUUGUGAGCUUCCCGAAGAUGCAGGUGAUUGACCCCAAGUAUCGCCUGCGACCAGAGACCAUUGAGAGUCUCUUUUAUAUGUAUCGUGUCACCAAGAAUCCCAAAUACCGUGAAUACGGCUGGGAAAUCUUCCAAGCGCUGGAGACGCACGCCAAGGUGAAACAUGGCUACGCUGCCAUCUUGGAUGUGACGCAGCUGCCUGCCCAAACCGAGAACAAGAUGGAGAGUUUCUUCUUAGCCGAGACGCUCAAGUAUCACUACUUGCUGCAAGCACCCGAGACUCUCAUUCCGCUUGACAAGUACGUUUUCAAUACUGAAGCACACCCUCUCCGCAUUCGCAGGAGGAACUAG